AUGCAUAAUAUCUUUGUUGGUUUGGGUGCGGUGCUAUGGGUUCUACUCAGUGUAAUAUUAGGUGUUGAGGGUGCGGAUGACCGUCAUAUGAAGAUAUCUUCGUUGUUGACAUGUAUGCAAAAUUCGCAGUUUCAGUCUACGAAGUUUGAUGUAAAGUUUAGUCCUGAGACAAACAAGGUUAAUUUUGUUAUUGACGCGAGAACGACCCUAACCGAUGAAAUUGUUGCGGAAGUUGAUUUAAUAGCAUAUGGGGUGGUUGCUUUGAGACGGCAGAUUGAUUUUUGUAAUGCAGGAAUCCAAGCUUUGUGUCAGCCGAAGGUCGGUAGGAUUGACAUUAAUUCGUCAUAUACGUUGUCCGAAAGUAUCACGAAAAUGAUUCCAUCGGUGGUGUAUUCUAUACCGGAUUUGGAUGCUCAGGUGAGAGUGAAAGUAUACGCCAAGAAUGAUAUGCAGACUCAGUUGGCGUGUGUACAGGCGGUUUUAUCGAACGAUAAGACUGUUCAAACGCGGUAUGCAUCCUGGCCGAUAGCUGCUAUUGCGGGUAUUGGUGUUUUGACGUCAGGAGCAGUGUCUAUUGCUGGACACUCCACUACGGCGGCGCACAUUGCUUCAAAUUCUAUUUCUUUGUUUAUUUACUUUCAAAACUUGGCUAUUACGUCUAUGAUGGGAGUGGCGAGCGUACCGCCUAUUGCCGGCGCUUGGCUACAAAAUUUCCAGUGGUCAAUGGGGAUCAUCCGGUUUCCCCUGAUGCAGAAAUUUUUUACCUGGUAUGUCAGGUCUACAGGAGGAACUCCGGUGGUCGUCCAUGACAACAGAAAUUUGCUAUCCAUCUCCGUACAAAAGAGAAUGGUGAAAAGAGCACUAGCUUCUGGAGCACGCAGUAUCUACGAUUCGCUGUCAAACAUUGGCUCCUUUAUAGCUAAUCCUGUUAGCAAGCUUACACUUUCCUCAGCAGAAGAUGUCAAUUUUGAGAAUACCCUUACAGAUAAAGACCUGUAUACAACUAAUGAGCGUGAUCCCGACAGCUACAUCAACAAGAUUCUAGUUUUGCACGGUAUUCAAAGAGUUGCCUUCAAGGCGGGCAUAGAAUUAUCCAACGUGUUUUUGACAGGUAUUGCAUUCCUUGUUUUAUUUGUCGUUGCUAUUGUCGUGUGUUUGGUCCUCUUUAAAAUAAUUGUCGAACUGCUUACGAAAGCAAGAAUAAUUAAAGAACAUUCUAAAUUUGUCGAAUAUAAGAGAAGCUGGGGCAGCAUCAUCAAAGGAACCUUAUUCAGAAUCGCGAUCAUUGCAUUCCCCCAGGUUUCACUUUUGGCAAUAUGGGAAUUUACGCAGACAGAUUCUCCCGCAGUUGUCGUUGACGCUGUCGUGAUAUUCGCGGUAAUAGCAAUAGUCCUGUUAUAUGGUGCAUUUAGGGUCAUUUCUAGAGGCAGAGAAUCUACUAGGCUCUACAAGACGCCUGCAUACAUGCUGUUUGGUGAUUCAAACUUUCUGAACAGAUUUGGAUUUUUGUAUGUGCAAUUCAAAGCAGACAAGUACUGGUGGCUGAUACCUCUGUUAACUUAUUCCUUCUUGCGGUCUUUGACCAUUGCGGUCCUUCAGAAUCAUGGUAAAGUUCAAGCGCCACUAGUUUUCGUUAUUGAGAUUGUCUACUUUGUUGCUAUUUGUGUUAUGAAACCUUAUUUGGAUAAACGUACGAAUGCAUUCAACAUUGUUAUCCACUUAAUCAACUUGCUCAACUCCAUCUUUUUCGUGUUCUUCUCCAACUUGUUUAAGCAGCCUCCUAUUGUAUCUAGUAUAAUGGCAGUCGUGCUAUUCAUACUAAAUGCAGUUUUUGCUCUUUUCCUGUUGAUCUUCACAAUCGUGACAUGCGCGUUAGCCCUAGUACACAGAAACCCUGACGCUCGCUACCAGCCAAUGAAAGAUGAUCGGGUCUCCUUCAUUCCAAAGGUUGGUUACGGAAAAGCUGAGAAGAACCUUAGAGACUUAAGUAGAACGGUGUUGAGCUCGAGUGAUACGGAUACAGAGAAGAAACUACGCGAAGAUUCGCUAUUACCUUCUCCAGCUGCAAAAGCUAGAGGUUUAAUGGACGAUGACUACGAUGAUUCUAGCGCUUUAGGUAGCCAGUCCGUUGGACCACGUUCAAUUACCGGGUCAUCAAGCUUUGCUGAUCCAAAUGCUUUCCGUAACUCACCUUCCUACCACAAAGUACCUACUGCACCAAGCACUGGCUCAGAUAGCAGAACGGCUUCGAAUAGACAAGUAUACAACGGAGCUCUGCGGAGGCCAGAAGAUCCGUUCCACACAAAUACGGCAUUCCGUCAAGAUCAUAAUGUACAAAAUAACAAUCCUUACGAGGGGUUUAUAAAUAAUGCAGGUCCUUACGGUAACAAAGCUAAUAACAGCACGAAUUCUUUCCAGUUUGCCAACAAUCCAAACAAUUCGUCACAUACUGAUUUUAAUUCUGGGACAUCAAAUACGAAGAAUCCACAGUAUAUCUAG